AUGACGAUCCUUGGGCAAAGAGGUGGCUGCCCGACCGCGGCCGCGAAUGAGGUCCGACGAAUGCCACCUGACGAGGCAGCUUCUUCUGCCACUUGGCUGCUGCUGCCGCCAUGCCUCGGAGAAGACGCGGCGGAGUUGGAGAAGCUGGGGCUCAGCGAAUGCUUCCCGCCAGGCUCCCAGUGGGGAGCAAUGGCGGAAGACUGCUGCCAUUCCUCACAUGGGCCUGGGGGGAAUCCCACCUGCUGGGACGGGCACUACACCUUUGAGCGGUGUUGCCCUCAAACGGCCCCGAACUCUGCCCUCAGCGCUGCUGCUGCUGUGACUGCAGCGCCGCAGCUGCUUUGCAGCGGCGAGCGGCUUCAAGGCGGCGCCCGCUUUGUAAGGCAAGCUGGUUUCGACGGCGAGCGGCUGUGGCACCCUUCCACCUCCUUCGAGGCGAGCUUCGACUUUGCCUCCAAGGCCGAGCAGGGCGCAUUCCUGCUGAUUGCCAGGCAGAAGUGCCGGUCUGUGGUGGUCCGAGCAUUUUCCAGGACGGGCUUUUUCAAUCCUGGAGCCCAUUGA